UAGUUUUUUGCAGUAUUUUACAGGUAAACAGCCCUGCCAUAUAGGUAACAUUAGUGUGUUAGUCCUGUGCACACAGGACCUCGUGGGCCUGGACGCAUGUACACACCAAGGAAGAACGUGUGGGUGGAGGCAAGAUGCAGACCAUCCCCGACGGGCACAACAGCUUCUCCGGGGUCAAACCGGGGAAGACUGGACAGUCGUGUCUGAACCCAGGCGUGUGUCCAAGCUGGGGCCCUGGGUGCACACAGUCCUUCCCCGGGGCCUGUGGACAGGGGUGUGGUUGUGUCCCUGUGUGCACAGGCCAUUGCCUACAGGGAGGGGGGCGUUGGCAGCACGAGCGCUGCCCCUGCAGCUUCCUCCAGGAGUGGGUCAGGGAGGGGGUCCCAGGAAGUGAGGUCACUGCCGUGUCACAGAGCCCAACAGAACUUGGAACCCCCGUAACCAGGCACCCGCAUCCAGUGCAGCCCCAGCUCAGGCUCACUUGGCUGGAGACAUCUGCUACUGGAGGAUGUUCUCUUGCUGCCGGCCCACGUCUGGGGGCUCUGGCUCCCAGGAACCCCAGGGGUGCGGCUUGUUCCUAUGCUGUAGGCAGUGGCUCCAGCAUAGGUACCAAGGUGUCAGGGCGGUGAUCCGGAGGCGCCGUCAGAGCUCCACCCGGGACGUGGGGCGCGAGCGGGAGGAAGGGGUCGUCUGCCCCACCGCCUCCAGGAGCAGGGAGGUGCCCUGCGCAGCUAAUGGAGGCCAGCGCGGGCUCAGGGGUGCAGGGGCCGCGGCCGUGCAGGGGCAUCGGAUCGUCCCGACCAAGCUCAGCCGGACGGAGCUGCUGGAGCACAAAGUCCGACAACUGCUGCUCGCCUUGCAGCGCAGGGACGUCAUCUAUGUCCUCAGCUUCCUGGAAGAUUACCAUCAAUUCGCCACCACGGACGAGGUGCUGGACCUGCUGUUCACCGAGUAUGGGUGCAUCGCAGAUGCGUGGGGUAACAACGAUGUGGUCCUGCAGUGCUGGAAACUGGCCAUCUCCUUCAUGAUGGAAAUAUGGUUGAAUUAUUAUGGGGACGACUUUCAUCAGUUCCCAGAAUUUCCCUCCCUUAUAAAACUCCUCCAAAUACUAAGACAGCACAUGCCAGGCACAGAUGCGCAUCUCCGGGCCCUGCGUCACCUGAGGCAAUUCAGACGCCUCCAUGCAGCGGAGCGAGAGGCUGGGGCUUUGGCCCGAGGAAAACACCCUGAACCCACUCUGCAGCGCACCCCAGCUCCGACCGUGGGGCCUUCUGCCCCAUGGGGCCUGGCUGUUGGGGCUGAGGGCUUGGCCUGCGAUGAGCUGCCUGCUGGGGAGGCAAAGCCCCUGCAGAUAGUGGUCACUGCUGCCCUGCAGGAGUCCCCUGCACCCCUGGGAGCCCUGGAGGAGGAGCAGGCGCCACCCCCUGCUCUCGAGGUCGUGGAUGUGCCCCAGCCACCUCCUAACUCGAUGGAGCAACUGGCCUCGGGGAUGGAGCAACCCGUUGAGCCACCCGAAGAGCCCACCCCAGCUCCCACUGUGGAGCCUGGGGAAGGUUCAGGGUCUGAAGGGAUAGUGGCUGCUGGAGAUGAGGACUUGGUCAAGGCAGAGAUGCUGGUUCCUGAGGUGAAGGUGGUGCACGUGCUGGUCGAACCUAUGGUUCCCUGCCCCGAUGAGGAGGAGCCACCUGCUCCCAUGGCCACCCCGGAGGAGUAGGCCCUGGUGCCUGCAAUCGGGGUCCCCAGAGGGCCAGACCUGCAACCUGCCUCCGGAACAACCUGCUUCGAUCCGUUAGCAGCCCCCUGACCACCUCGGGGGCCCGCCCCAGCUCCCACCGCGGGGCUCGUGAUGGCUGCAGCCCAACAGAGGCUUGCCCUCCCCUGUUAUUUCACUGUUUCUAUAUUUUGAGUUUUUCUUUAACCUUUAACCUGUAUAAUAGCU